GCGCCUUCGCCCACAGCCGCGACGAGAUCAGGCUUCCGCUGCUGACGCUGGAAGAAGAGGACCAGAGGCCCGCCGCCCUCUCCAACGAGUUCUUCACGCACCGCUUCAAGACGCUCUGGUGCCCCAUCGGCGUGCAGCACGACUGGCAGACGUGCGUCUACGCUCACAACUACCAGGACGCCCGGCGGCACCCGGGCAUCGGCUACGGCCCGCGCCCGUGCCCCCACUGGAAGCGGCAGGAGACCUCCCUGGAGUACUCGGAGCGGUGUCCGCACGGCGUUCGCUGCCCCUUCUCGCACGGUGCGAAGGAGCAGCUGUACCACCCGGCCUACUUCAAGACCGUGACCUGCCAGGACUCUCCGAAUGCUUCUUGUCCGCGUGGUCAGCUCUGCGCCUUCUGGCACAAGAGGUCCCAGCAGCGCCCGCGCCCCACGGCGAGGGACGAAUACAAGUACAAGGCUCCCAUUUGCGAGGAUAAGCUCGGCGCCCACCUGCAGCAGGAGUUCCUGACCCCGCCUUUCAAGCUACUCAACGCGCUGCACGCCAGCAUGCAGGCGAUGUCGUGCGGGCCCUGCGACGGCUCGCAGGACGUGCUCGUGUGCAUGCCCUGCGACAGCUCGCAGGGCGCGCCGCUGCAGGAAUGGGGCCGCCAGGCUUGCGGCCCGACCGGCGCCGCCACGCCCACCACCCAGGCCACGCAGUCCCCGGCGACGGACAGCGACGAGGCGGGCUCCGCGGUCGGCUCCGACAAGGCGAUCCCCGCACAGGACGAGGACGGCGCCGACGCCGUGGUCUUCGGCUCCUUCUCGGGCGCGGACGUCGGCGCGGCGCCGCCUCCCACCGACCAGGGCCCCGGGGCGUGGCAGGCGCAGGCCGGCGGCCCCGAGGACCCGGGCGGCGGCAUGGUGGGACUCGGGCCACCGUGGAGCGCGCAGGUGUGCUUCGGCGACGCGCAGGUCGUCCCGGCUUUCGCGCCGGGCACCGGCGACUGCGGCGGGUCCGCGCAGGUGCUGUUCUAUGCCCAGGUGCCGCACCAGCAGGCGCACCAGUUCGCCAUGGCGCCAGCGGCGCCGCCAGUGGCCUGCGCGCCAGAGGCGGCCUACGAGAUCAUGGUGCCUGUGGGCGCCGUGGGCGAGGUGGUGCCCGGGGAGGGCGCGUGCGCCGUCCCGCAGCUCGGGGAGGCGGCCGCGCUGAUGCACGGCAGCUUCGCCCGCUUCCAAGGGCAGGCGGGCGCGGUGCAGACCAGCGACGACGACGACGACGACGACCUCGAAGUGCCUGCCCGCGGCCGCCCCCGCGCGCUCUCGCACUGAGCAGUGCUGCUCCAUCGGCGACUCUUUUCCUAAUCGUCUCCUCCUCCUAAUCCUCCUCUCCUCCUUCCUCCUAUCCUC